CGCUGAAUGUCCAAUCAGAGGAGCUGAAAGCAGACCGUGGUUACAGGGGAAUAAUGUGACGAAAUAUAGGAAAACUUAAAUAGACAUUUUUGUUAUUAUUAUUUUAUUAUAUGUGCUUAUUUAAAUUGCAGUUAAACACCAUAGUUGAACGACCAUUAAGCGUAUGCUGUUUUUUGGGGGGGAGGGAUUAAACCAGAGAGGUUUCAGUGAAGCCAAUUAUUUUUAGGUUCACUCACCGCUACCACCCCCGCGCUGACUUGGGAGCGGCGAAGACGAACACACGCUGUCCUCCAGCCGACAGCUUAUUUUACACACUGCAGGCCCACCAUGCAGCGACCUCAGAGCUACUGCGUCGGAGGACAACACAGCUCUGGGCAGCUUGCAGGCAAGCCCGCAGGCACCCAGCCACACUACAGGGGUCGCUGGUGCGCGGUUGAGCAAUACAAGGAACUUAGAUUGAUGUAUAUGACACAGUAAGCGGCCACACCAUGAGUGGGGAGCCUGAUGCAUUGGCUAUUGUGAAUCAGCUGCGGGACCUGGCAGCUGAUCCCCUCAACAGGCAAGCCAUUGUCCAGGAUCAAGGAUGCUUACCAGGCCUUAUUUUGUUUUUGGACCACCCUAACCCUCAAGUUGUCUACUCUGCACUUCUGGCUGUGCGCUAUUUAGCAGAAUGUCGUGCCAACAGAGAGAGGAUGAGAGGCGAGCUUGGGAUGAUGCAGAGCCUAGAGAAUGUGAUGAAAAAAACAACGACACCUGGAGAAACAAAGUUGUUGGCCUCAGAAAUCUAUGAAAUCCUUAAGUCUGCCUGCAACACAGAGGCAGACCAGGCCGAACAGGCCAGCUACAGACGCAAGACUCAGUUCUUUCUUGGAGCCACGAACAAGCGUGCCAAAACUGUGGUUUUACAUAUAGAUGGUCUUGAUGAUGCUGCCCGUAGAAGUCUUUGCGAAGAUGCAUUGCUGAAGAUUAAGGGAGUCAUUAGCUUCACAUUUCAGAUGACAGUGAAGAGAUGCAUUGUUAGGAUCAGGUCAGAUUUAAAAGCUGAGGCACUGGGCACUGCAAUUGCUUCAACCAAAAUAAUGAAAGCACAGCAAAUAGUGAAAGGCGAAGAUGGAGAUGAGGUCAUGAUCUCUUUCGAAGAUGCCUCUGUCGAGGUUGAGCAGAACACAGACCUGCCUGAUUAUUUGCCAGAGGAGGAAAGCCCCUCGAAGGAGCUGGACAAAGCCGUUUCCCGCGUGGGGGUCAAGCAGGAUGCAAGCGGCUGGCUCAACACAGCAGCAAACUUUUUAACCAGGUCCUUCUACUGGUGACAGAAGGGUUAGACUGGGAGCAACUAUAUAUUAUUUGGAAGUUGUUGGGUUUCCUUUGGAACGAUGGACUGCCAAGUGCAAUUUGCAAUAAUAUAUCGCAGUGUAAAAAGGCUGUGCGCACAGACACAUACAUACAGACACACACAGACACACACACACACACACACACACACACACACAUAUAUAUAUAUAUAU